AACAAUUACAAGUCCGAGCUCCGAGAGGUGAUGUUUGUUCACCCGCUCUUCAAACUCCACUCCAUGACUCAUCGUUUUCAAAUCAACCAUUCUCUCAUCUUUUCUUCAACUGUCUCUUCCUUACAUUUAAUAUUACCUUCUCUUUACAUUUUUCUUAAAUUAAACCAAAACCCAGAAAACAAAAGCAAUAAACAGAAAUGAAAUGCUUCUAUUUUACAAAGGACGAAGAAGAAGAAGGGGCAACAUUAAGUUCGAGGGAAUCAAAAGUUUCAUGGGUUCGUUCAUUGAGCGUAGCAUCGAGCAGUGCCACCGUUGAUACGCGGAGGUCACGGUCCGAGUUUGACUCGGACUCGAGGGAUUAUACUGACUCGUUCGAGUUUUAUGAGUUCUUAACUCAGCGACGAGCUAAUGAUCUGCGAGUUUUCGGAUUUUAUGAGCUGAAAUUAGCGACGAAAGGCUUCAGUAGAGGUUUAAUGAUCGGAGAAGGAGGAUUUGGGUCUGUGUAUAGAGGAGUUGUUGGUGAAAUGGAAGUUGCUGUUAAACGAUUGAAUCGCCAUGGAUUCCAGGGGCAUAAGGAGUGGAUUAAUGAAGUAAACUUUUUAGGUGUAGUGAAGCACCCAAAUCUAGUGAAGUUAAUCGGCUAUUGUGCAGAGGAUGAUGAAAGAGGGAUGCAACGUCUUUUAGUCUAUGAACUCAUGUGUAACAAAAGCUUGGAGGACCAUCUGUUGGCCCGAUCACGAGCUCCCCUCUCCUGGACUUUGAGAUUAAAAAUUGCCCAAGAUGCAGCUCGUGGAUUAGCAUAUCUGCAUGAAGAAAUGGAUUUUCAGUUGAUAUUUCGAGACUUCAAGCCAUCAAAUAUUCUUCUGGAUGAAGAUUUUAAUGCAAAGCUUUCAGACUUUGGACUGGCUCGGCAAGGUCCAGCUGCAGGACUAAGCCAUAUCUCAACAUCAGUUGUAGGUACGGUAGGCUAUGCGGCCCCUGAAUAUGUCCAGACUGGAAGACUCACUGCUAAAAGUGAUGUUUGGAGCUUCGGAGUUGUCCUUUAUGAACUUAUCACAGGAAGGAGAGUGUUGGAACGAAACCUUCCUCGAGCUGAGCAAAAACUACUGGAAUGGGUGAGACCCUACGUUUUAGACUCAAAGAAGUUUCAUUUUAUUCUCGACCCUCGACUUGAAGGCCAUGAUUGUGUCAAGUCUGCUCAAAGACUUGCAUCACUGGCCAACAAAUGUCUCACGAAGAAUCCAAGAUCUCGCCCUAAAAUGAGUGAGGUCGUUGAUAUACUCGGGAAUAUCAUUACUGAUGCAGCAGUUCAAGCUGAAGCAGUGCCUGAGACUGCAAAAGAAGCAGUAAAUGAAAACGAAGAAGCUGCAGAAGAAGGUGUCGACACAAAGGAAGAAGGAAGAGAGGAAGUUGAAUCAGGAAAACCGGAAAGCAAUAAUCAAAAGUGGAGUUUCGAUUUCAAAGAAAUGGUCAGCUUUAGGAACAAAUCUAUUGAAUGGAGAUAUCGGCAGCUUUGCUACAUAUUUUCUGCAAAGAGGUGUAAAUUUAGUAGGAGCAUCUUCUCUUGUACAACAGAGAAUGCAGGUACGUUUUCCCAAUCUUGUAUUUGGCCUAGGAAGUGUUAGUUCACAAUUGGAAUGUAUUUUCACUUGUAGUUUGUAUAUACUGAACAAUCCUCUUCUUUUGUAAGUGUAAUCCUCCACAGAGGCAACUUCUUAGAUCAACACAUCCAGUUUCACCAAGUCACAGCAAUGGUUGAGAGCUACUUAGAGGGCAAUAUGUUCUAUGAACUUAGUUUGCUAGAUUGUGUUCAACCCUUAAAUUAAUGAAAGAGGCUCCUUCUUCUUUUUCCUG